AAUUAGUAAUUUAAUCGGAAGAUUCAAGCGAGAAAUCGACUAUUUGGUUGUCUCUGUUGUUUUUAUUUGGGAAAUUGGUGAUUUGAUUGGAUGGUGAGAAGGCAAGAGGAGAAGAAGGUGGAGAAGGGAAUGCGUCUGGGUAAAUACGAGCUUGGUAGGACGCUCGGCGAGGGUAAUUUCGGUAAAGUUAAAUUCGCUAAAGAUACCGUCUCCGGUCAAUCCGUCGCUGUUAAAAUCAUCGACAAGUCUCGUAUCGCCGAUCUCAACUUCUCCUUACAGAUAAAAAGAGAGAUCCGGACUCUGAAAAUGUUGAAACAUCCUCACAUUGUUAGAUUACAUGAGGUAUUGGCUAGCAAAACGAAAAUUAAUAUGGUAAUGGAACUUGUUACCGGAGGAGAAUUGUUCGACAGAAUUGUUUCCAACGGAAAAUUAACAGAAACUGAUGGAAGAAAAAUGUUUCAGCAGCUGAUCGAUGGAAUCAGCUACUGUCACAGCAAAGGUGUUUUCCACCGGGAUCUCAAGCUAGAGAAUGUUCUUCUUGAUGCAAAGGGACAUAUAAAGAUCACUGAUUUUGGCCUCAGUGCUCUGCCUCAGCAUUUUAGGGAUGACGGAUUGUUGCAUACAACCUGUGGAAGUCCUAAUUACGUUGCGCCUGAGGUUUUAGCCAACAGAGGUUACGAUGGUGCAGCAUCAGAUAUAUGGUCGUGUGGUGUAAUCUUGUAUGUGAUUCUAACUGGAUGUCUUCCUUUUGACGAUAGAAACCUUGCAGUUCUUUACCAGAAGAUAUGCAAAGGAGACCCACCAAUACCAAGAUGGUUAUCACCAGGUGCAAGAACCAUGAUUAAGAGAAUGCUCGAUCCAAAUCCAGUCACCAGGAUCACAGUCGUGGGUAUUAAAGCCAGCGAGUGGUUCAAACACGAGUAUAUUCCUUCAAUUCCCGAUGAUGAUGACGAAGAAGAAGUUGACACAGACGAUGAUGCUUUCUCAAUCCAAGAACUCGGAUCAGAAGAAGGGAAGGGCAGUGAUUCACCAACGAUCAUCAAUGCGUUUCAGUUAAUUGGAAUGUCUUCCUUUCUUGACCUGUCCGGUUUCUUUGAACAAGAGAAUGUAUCAGAGAGGAGAAUAAGAUUCACUUCAAAUAGCUCCGCAAAAGAUUUACUCGAGAAAAUCGAAACAGCCGUUACAGAGAUGGGAUUCAGUGUACAAAAGAAACAUGCGAAGUUAAAAGUAAAACAAGAAGAAAGAAACCAGAAAGGUCAAGUUGGUUUAUCAGUAACAGCUGAGGUUUUCGAGAUAAAACCGUCACUGAACGUGGUUGAGCUAAGAAAAUCUUAUGGCGAUUCAUGUUUAUAUAGACAGUUGUACGAGAGACUAUUAAAAGACGUGGGCACAUCCUCGCCGGAGCAAGAGAUAGUAACUUAGGUGUUGGUGUUUUGGCAUGAAGAGAUAUACAUAGCUCUAAUAAUUUAUCAUAUGGUAC